CCCUGUCGUCCCCCAGUAGGACCAGCCCGGCCGCUAUUCACAUGCAAAUCACGCCCUAUAAAUACUAACAACAGUCUGCACGUCUCACUUGGAUUACACAAUAAACACACGGCAGCAGGGCAGCAGAGGGAGACAGGAGAGAACCUACACCACCAGCAAUAUGGCUCCUUCUGGUCAGCUUGGCAAGGAGGAGGAGUGCUGCAAAGCGGACAGAAAGGUGAGGAAACCUCUGGUGGAGAAGAAGAGGCGAGCUCGUAUCAACGAGAGUCUGCAGGAGCUGAGGGGUCUGCUGGACGAUUCUGACCUGCACUCCAAGAUGGAGAACGCUGAGGUGUUGGAGAUGACUGUGAAAAAGGUGGAGGGCAUCCUGAAGAACAGAUCACAAGAAGCAGACAUGCAGAGCCAUGACGCGAGCGAGAGGUUUGCAGCCGGCUACAUCCAGUGCAUGCACGAGGUCCACAUGUUUGUGUCCACCUGUCCCGGCAUCGACGCCACAGUGGCCGCCGAGCUGCUCAACCACCUCCUGGAGUGCAUGCCCCUAAACGAAGACCAUCUCCAGGACGUGCUGAUGGAUCUAAUCACCGACACGUCUGGGAGCACGUGGCACGGCAGCGGAGACCCGCUGCGUUCUGCGCUGGCCUCCCCUGGAGGAAGGAGUGUGUCCAGCGGCUCGUCCUUCUCGCCGGCCCCCUCCAGCGCAUCCAGCGAGGACCUGUGCUCCGACCUGGAGGACACAGACGGCGAGCACAACCAGAGCACCACGGAGGCUAUGGAGAGCAGGGAAGCUCUGAGCAUUCCCACGAUAACGUGCCCCAGGUCUAUGUGGAGACCCUGGUAGGGGCUCAUGUGUGUGGAUGGGCCUUACCCUUACUUACCCUUACCGAAAGGAAAAACUCCACCCCAAAAUGAACACUUAAUAAUCACCUACUUCUGCAAUGAAUUUCUUCCUUGGAAUUAUGCCUGGACUUUCUGAAUUGAUUACCAGGAAUACCAGGAAGACCACAGAACAAGUCUGCAGCCGGAGUUUUCGGUUUUGUGGAUGAACUGCUGAUCAAGAGUGGAUGUUUCCUUCCUCACAACUUCACCACUAAAGAUCAAGAAGGCAGAAGCCCCUGUUUGAUGUACUGUAUACGGGACCAGUAUGGGUACAAGAGAGCUCUUUUAGAAACAAAUCAAAGUUUGGCAGUGCCUCUGAUUAAUAUAAAUAUUUUUUAUCGUAUUUCGGAGAGACCAGUUUAGUGGAACCUUGGUUAGCAUCAUUCAUUGGUCCCAGAAGGUCCGAUGGACGCUAACCAAAUCAGUUUUUCCAAAAGAAAUAGAAAUGUAAAUCCAAUUCAUCUGUUCCAGAAAGCCAAAAAUGUUACGCACGUUUUUAUAGUUUGACACGCAGAAAACAAUUUCAAAUGCAUAUAAAUAUAAUAAAUGGUGAAAGGAAUGGGUAAAUGAGCAUUUAAGGUUAUUGUUACCUUCGUACCCAAAGACACAAUGUGGCAGUGAGAUCAACACCACUGAAUUCAAGAAAGUUAUUUCCUGAAUUCAGUAACGUUUGUUGAGGUAAAAGUAACCUGGAAUGUUUAUUUAUCCCUUCUGUCAAUUGUAUGCAUUUAGAAUUGUUUUAUCCAUGCAAAAUUAUUAUUGCAAAACUAUAAAAACGUGUUUUGUGUAACAUUUGUGAGAGUCAACCGCUGAUGACAUCAUAGACGGGCGACGUAGCUGACAACCGGUUUGUUAGCCAUUUUGUUAGCUAUCUAGCCAAUCGGAUGCUUGUUUUUUCGCUACAAAAUACAUUAAGAACGCAGCAGAACUCACGCAGUGUAUUAACCACAUGCCAUGCUGUACGCUAACAGGAGAAUGCACGCAAACCGAGGUAAAACUGUGGCGGCAAUUUUCUAUGUUAACUGAAAAACACGCUAACCCGGGGGGGACGCUAACCGAGGUUCCACUGUAGUUUAUCUGUCCAGUAACCUCCUUUAGAAUAUUGCGUUGCUAAGAUGUGUAGACGUCCGAUUAAAAAGAUUGUACAGACGAUACUUUAAGUGUAACGUGACUCAAUAUGCAGGUUUUCACUAAAACUGUCUUACUUUGAAUUGGUGAAGAAAAUCACACUGUAGGGAUGGAAAAAUGACACACAUAAGAUACUGUCACAACUGUGUGGAAGGAUAUUGACAGAUUUGAGGUAGAAUUGUGAAGCAUGCCUUCAAACCAAUAGUUCUUCAUGUGGAACUGAUAUUAAAAGACUGGGUUGA